UGCAUUUUUGUUCACUCCGAAAAGAAGACGACGUAAAUCUUGCCUCUCUUUAACAAGAGUGUGCCUCUAAAUCUGCUAAAAUGUGAGGUAAAAUACAUCAAAUGCGCUGUUCAUCUUGAGCGUCGUUUUGUGCCUACCAUGGUGGUAAAUCUGUUUUUAUUAAGUCGCAUCAUUUCGACGGAUAGAGGCUGUCACCGCUGGCCAUGGUUGUUUUGGAGCUAGCGCUAGAAUUGUGGAAAUAAGCUAACGCUGCUGUUUUCCCCCAAAACAGCUAAACUGCUGUUGGUUUUGCUUCUGCGGCGCAGGAAGCCGCAAAAACGAGGGAAUUUCAAAACAUCAGAUUAUUGGACGUUUAUCUGAAACGUCAUAAUGUUAUAGUUUUGGAUAUGUUUGGAAUUUUGUAAAGGAAGGGUUAGGGCAGGAAAAAUGCUGGUGUCUAAGGUUAGCUAACAUGCUGCUCCCCCAGAGAAUCUGAUACCAGGUUGUUGUGUAGGAUUGGAGAUGGAGCAGCAGACAGUCCAACCACUUUCCUCCAGUAAGGACAUCUCUGACUGAGUGAAAUGGAAAUCAUGUCUUGCAAAGCCGCCACGAAGGACAAGAAGUCGGGCUUUGGCAAGAAGCUGUUCAGGCGAGGCUCGGUUCGCUCCGUGGGCAGUUUUAUGAGCAAAGUGCUGCGGACGCUGACCGCUUUAUCCCACUUUGGUUCCGAAGUCCCGCCCGAAGACGACAAGGAUGAUGGAGGAUUCUCCGCGUUUAAGUCUGGAAACAAUGAUGUCGGAGUGGGUGACGGCGACCUCGGGGGGUUGCUGUUCGGGGACAGGAUUCCCGGAGUGUCGGGGCUGAAGAACCACGGCAACACCUGCUUCAUGAACGCCAUCCUACAGUGCCUCAGCAACACCGAACUCUUCGCUGAGUACCUGGUUCUGGAGCAGUACCGAGGAGAGGAUCUGGAUGAGAACAGACCAAAGACUAACGGCGUGCAUCUGCAGAGGAAGGGUCCUCUGGGGAAGGGGGAAGUGACCGAGCAGCUGUCAGGACUGGUGCGGGCUCUGUGGACGUUUGAGUACACCCCCCAGCAUAGCAGAGACUUUAAGAAUGCUGUGUCCAAAAAUGCAACUCAGUUUAAAGGAAACGCUCAACACGACGCCCAGGAGUUUCUGCUGUGGCUGCUGGACAGAGUACACGAAGAUCUGAACUCUGUGAACCCCAUCAGUAGGCCUGCUAUGAAGCCCCCCAUUGAAGAAGAUGACCAAAGCAUGGAGGGGCCGUCUCCUCCCCUGUCCGCCGGCUCUUUUGUCCAAGAACUGUUUCAGGCACAGUACAGGUCGUCUCUCACCUGCCCUCAUUGCCAAAAGCAGAGCAACACGUUUGAUCCCUUCUUGUGUAUCUCCUUGCCGAUCCCGCUGCCGCACACUCGGCCACUCUACGUGACGGUGGUGUACCAGGGAAAGUACUCCCACUGCAUGCGGAUCGGAGUUGCUGUUCCUCUGAAAAGUACAGUCUAUCGCCUCAGAGAUGCCGUGUCACGUGAGACCAAGAUCCCCAUGGACCAGUUUGUUCUGACUGAAAUGUACUACGACGGCUUUCAUCGUUCGUUUUGCGACGACGACGACGAUCUGGACAUCAUCCAAGAAAGCGAUUCCAUCUUUGCCUUUGAGACACCGGAGACCUUCAGACUGGAAAACAUUCGCACAAAACGAGGAAGCCUUCUGGCAAACCUGAAUCACAACAACUUGAAGUACGGCGGAGAAAUCAGCAGGACUCCAUCAUUCAUGCAGGGCGCCAUGACGCCUGUGAGCGGAUCGCCCAACAAAAACCUGGGCCCUGAGAGAAUCAUCCUUUUGGUGUGCAACAGAGCAUGCACUGGGCACCAAGCAAAGAGGUUCGGCCUCCCCUUUGUGCUUUAUAUGGAGCGCACCGUGACGUGGGACGCUCUACAGAAAGAGAUCCUGGAGAAGAUGCGUCAUCUUUUGAGACCCGGAGUUUAUAUUCAGGUUGGGCCUUUCAGUCUGCGGGUGGUUGGUGUUGUUGGCAUCACCUACCUUCUUCCCCAGAAUGAACGACCUCUGUGUCAUCCAACUGUGGAAAGAGCGUACAAGUCCUGUGGGCAAGGGGGGCCUCCACAUGUGAAGAUUGUGGUGGAAUGGGACAAAGAGACCAAGGACUAUCUUUUUGGGCACACAGAGGAGGAGUAUGUCCCAGAUGCUGAAAGCGUGUAUUUGCACAGAGAACAGCACCAUCAACCACAGGCCUGCACUUUGGCCCAGUGUUUUCAGCUGUACACCAAGGAAGAACAGCUGGCCCCAGAUGAUGCCUGGCGUUGUCCACACUGCAAGCAGCUGCAGCAGGGCCGCAUCAAGCUCAGCUUAUGGACGCUGCCGGAUGUGCUCAUCCUGCAUCUGAAGCGCUUCCGGCAGGAGGGGGAUCGGAGGGUAAAGAUGCAGAACAUGAUCCGAUUCCCGCUGAUGGAGAUGGACAUGGCGCCACAUGUGGUCAAAAGAAGCCAGAGCAGCUGGAGUUUGCCCUCCCACUGGUCUCCAUGGAGACGGUCUUAUGGCCUGGGAAGAAACCCAGAUGACUACCUAUACGACCUGUAUGCUGUGUGCAACCAUCAUGGCAACAUGCACGGAGGCCACUACACCGCUUACUGUAAAAAUUCCAUUGAUGGGCAGUGGUACUGCUUCGAUGACAGCGAAGUUUCUCCAAUCGCUGACGAGGAAGUGUGUCAGCAGAGCGCUUACAUACUGUUUUAUCAGAGGAGAAGUGCCAUUCCCUCCUGGUCUGCCAACAGUUCUGUCGCUGGUUCGACGAGCUCAUCCCUGUGUGAUCACUGGAUCAACAGGCUGCCCGGCAGCAGGCCUGCUAGUUUGGCCUCUGGAGCUUCAUCUAGACGCACUUCUCUGGCUUCACUGGCGGAGUCGGGCGAGUUUCCAGGAGAACGGAUCGAGGACGAUGGAGGAUUCUCCGUCCGGCCUUUCGUGAGGAGCAUUCAGCGGCAGAGCCUGUCUUCCAGGUCGUCUGUUGCUAGCCCGUUAGCCUUCAGCGACGGCGGGAUGAAGCCUUCGUGGUCCCUGUCGGCCAAGCUGCAAAUGAGAUCCAACUCUCCGUCACGCUUCUCCCUGGACUCUCGGUGCUCUCCCCCCCUGGAGAGGAUAGGGGAGGCGUGCGACGACAAGGUUACCACAUCCUGCUUUGGCAGCUACAGCAAACACGAACGUUAUUUUGGCAGCAGGACCCCCCUAUCCACGAUGGAGAGCAGCUUCAGCGGCCAAGACGGCAACAAAAGGUUCUUGGAUAUGAUGUACUGCCGGGCUCCAACUCCAGUGGACAAGAAGAGCACGAAAAACGAGGCGACCGAAAACAACAACGAGAUUACAGCUGUUGACCAAAACAUACUAUCCACUCAAGCUGCUCCCCCCAAAGAGCAGAAACGGAAGAGCAGCAUCGGAGGAUUCACUCUAAAGGCCGAAAGCUCUGGCUCCACAAAGGUUUCCAACAAGGUGGAGCAAGAAAAAACUUCCAGGAAGCGGCUGUGUGCCACUAGUAAGAGCUCUGCAUCCGAGACGUCUUCCAGUACUCCUGUCAAGGGCAAGAAGGGGAGCAGCACAAAAGAGAAGAAGAACCCGUCAACCCCCAGUGGAACCCCCUCAAAGGCAAAAGACUGCACCCCGUCUGCAGAAUCAACGCCACCAUCUAAGCCAUGUGUCCGCUCCACACCUCAGUCUUCCGCUUCUCCGUCACCAACGGCGAAAAAGAACCAGAGCGUCGCCGAGAAAAACUCUUCAAGCAGUCGGAAGCGUCUGGUGGAAAGGAGUUUCAGCAGAGAUUCAAUGCACACCAGCCCGCUGGUAGACGCCGGCCGCUGUGCGACCCGAUCUUCUCUUUCUAGGAGCGGAGACGUUGGGCGGAUGGAGAGGAGAUCCGUGCGGAGUUCCAGCAGCAGCUCCUCUGUCACCAGCCUGCGCUCGCCCAGCGUUUCCACCAGAGACCUGCAGCGCAGCAGCAAGUCUGAAGAAAAAGGCUUGUCCUUCUUCAAGAGCGCUCUUCGGCAAAGAGAAAGCCGCCGGUCGGCUGAUUUAGGAAAAAGCGCCCUGCUGACCAAAAAGAGCUCAGACAAAAGCCUCAAGCAGAAUGGACAAGCCAAGGAGACGGGAGGGGAGGAGCAAACGGCCCGAGAGGCGGGUCCUGCACAGACACGUGCGGACACUCAAGGAGGAGACGUCAAGACGGAGACUAAGGAGUCUUCCAAGCCCCCAAGCUCUCUCAGUCGUACUCUUCUCAAUGUAGGAAAAUCCAAGUCUUCCCUGUGUGAUGUUAGCAAGUCUCCAUCCAGCGGGAAGAAGCCUCUGGAGAGGAAGGCGUCCUCCCGAAAGCUGUCCUCCGGCAUGCAGUCUCCUGCACGAACCACACAGAGGCCUCAAUGAUUCGUCUGUGGUAACUAAUACUCGGCAAACAACAUGCAGCUACUUUUUUGUGCCUAAGUUUCACGGAACACCUGGUGUGUUCACGACUCAUGUCAUGGUUUUGUACACUGGCUUUGAAGUUUCAGACUUUAAUCAGCAUCUUUUAAGUGAUUUCUGCCAGUUUCGAUAGUUUACAUGGUUUUCCGCUUACUGUAAAGCCAGGUAGGUUUUUUUUUUUUUACGGUUCUUUUUUUUUUUAACACAUUUUGAAUGAAAAGUUUGACAGACAGGAAUGCAUCUCAUUCAGCUUAAACUGCAUCCUGAGAGCAAACGAAACCUAUGAGGAAAUGUUUCAAUAGUCCAUAUCAAUAACAGCUUUCCAAUUUAUGGAAAGAUGGGGAGCAGAACCGUCACAUUAUUUUUAGCCUCUUGGAUGUUAAAGCCCAAAACGUUCAUUCCCAGUUUUCCAAUAAUCAUGGAGACGUUUUUCUGUCACCUUCAACAGUCCUAAAUGUUGGGCAAAAUAAGAUUUACACAUUGUUUUUCCAUUUAAAGCUUUAGGAAAGACCCACUUAGAGGUAAUUUAACACUAAAGAUCUCAAAUAUUUAUUUUGCUUAUUUAAAAAAAAAGCUCAAUUCAAGGCCCUGGACCAAAGCUACAUUUUUAAGCCUUUUUUUGUUUUUGAGUAUUUUCUAUAGAGAAAUUAUUUUAUGAAUUUGGGACCCCCCCCCAAACCAUAAAUUAAGUGAUUUAUUUUGGAAAGAAACCCUUAAAAACUCAAAAUGUAUAGAUCUGUCUGUACAGAUUCUUAAAUGUAAGGCUGUCGUUUGUAGCCUGUUUCUUGUUUUGUUUGGAAGCACUUGAGUGACGGCGGCCUCUUCUGCUGUGAACAGGUGUUUGUGGUUCACACCUCCUACAGGUCAAAGGAGUCUUUCUUCUGUCGUGGUUUGAAAACAUAUCUUAAGGUAGUGGCGUGAAACAUUCAUCUCAAAAGUUUCAGGGGUCAUUUUAUUUCAUCUCUGGUGCUUAAACUGGCCUCACAAGUUCAAGAGAUCAAGUAGAAAAACUGUUGUACCUCAUAGGAGGAGGAGGAGGAGCUCCACCGUGACCCCCGCCAUCCGUGUGACCGUGUGACACCCAAGCAUUGGAGUUAAAAUGAUGCCAUGGUUGCCGGCCUUUCACCCCCAUUUUUCUUUGCAAGGCUUCCACAUUAGAUCUGGUCCGUCUGUUCUACUAGAGUCUAAAUGCAAAUGUCUUAGGAUGCAAUAGGUUUACAGUUCUUCUCAGAUGGUUUGUGAAUAUCCACCAAAUGAAGCAUUAUCCGUAAAAUGUCUUCUACAGGGUUUAGAAUGUAGUUUUUCUUGACAUUAACUAAUCUGAUGGUGUUGAUAUUUUUGAAUGCAGUUUUAAUGACUAAAAACCUUCCAGUUUGAAUGUUUUAACACACAGUGCUCAUAUUUAUCCAGAUUUUUUCUUUUCUUUUCUUUUUUUAGGAUCUCAGUAAAGAAACACAAAAAAUUGGAGGUAAAAGUGACGGAUUUGCAAUUCCAUGAUCAUAGCAAUUUAAGCACCUUUCAGUGCUGCAUAAAACCAACACGAAGUGCGGUACUUUUUAGUUUUUUUCUGAACAGGACUGCUUUUCAAAUCUCUACACUUGUCACUUUACUAGCAACCAGUUAUUUCAUAGGAAAAAUAUUGGGUUUUUUUCCCCCCUAAAUUUGGUGAUUCUCCUGUAGCGUUGGUUUACCGUGACUCAAGAACACUUUUGUAGCGCUUUGGAUCAGAGCAGAACCGCCUGUCUUUCAGUCUAACUGGCCUUCACCUGAUGUCUGUAACGGGCUUUAUGCUGGAGCUGGUUCUAGUCAGAACACAGAACCCUCCUUCAACCGUUGGAUUAUUGCAAGAAGAGAAAAUUGCAUAACGCUCAAACUGUAGUGCAUUAAGAAGACUGCUUUUGAUACUUAAUGUAGUAGGAAUAGAAAAAACUAUUUUAUAUAUAUAUAUCUGUAUAUAUAUGAUGGAAGGAGGAGGCAAGGCUCUUUGACAAUCUAUGUUGUACUGUACACACUUUAAUCUGAAAUUCUGUACAUACGGCCCCAAGUUUUAGAACUUUUUAUCGUUUUCUUUUAGCCUAAAAACAAUAAAAGCCUCACUUUAAUUCCAAGACUUUUAAAGGAAAGCGUCAUAAAGCUUUGAAGAAGUUCUUAAAUGUCUUGUCGUCUAGGAAAAGUAUCAUGAAAACAUUUAAUAUAAAUAACUUCUGAUCACAGGGGAAAAAAACGAGAAUUCUUUAUUUUCUUUAGUUUGUCUUAAUAAAAAGGAUUCACUUUUGAGUGAAGAUCCACCAGCGUGUUUUUGCACUUCAGAGGGUCGUGGUGAUGUAAAACUUCCUUUUCUCCCCGGCUGCAAACCGUAGCUAUUUGUUUUUAUAGAUUUGUCGUCGAUGUACAAAUAUGAGAAUGAUUUAGGAAUGCAGUAAUGCAUGGAAAUGCUAAUGCAUGUUUUUAUUUUUUAUCAACUAUGCAACAAUCUGCAGCUGUGUAAAGUAGCGAGCAGUGCAUGGCCCGUAUAUCCCAUCGCUCAAUUUGCACACCAUUCUAAUACUCAAAAGCUGUAAAGCGCAUUAUUCCACGUGGACGUAAAAGCAUUCAAAUAUAAAAAUGUGUGUGUAAGAAUAUAUCUAAUGGUAUAAUAACUAUUAUUUUUAUACCAUACCAUCUCACUAUUUUGCUGUUGUUUUUUUUCUGCGGCUGUGUGUUCUAUGGGUGCUCCCGCCUCAGCGGUGGGUUUUAUUGUGGUGGUAGUUUCUUACUUCCUGUUGUACACCAGCAGAAACACUCUGAUCAUCUGUGCUCAUCAGAGCCGUCACCUGCAUUAUUGCGAAACGCCUUCCAUUGGUUUUCCUGCAGUGACAGGGCCGUUGAACCUGCAUCCGACCGCGCAGUCGGUCUCCAACAUUUCAACUGAACACAUGUAUGUAGCUAAAUGCAAUAAAGAUAGAAAAAGUAUAGUUUUUUACUACAAUCCUUACAAUAAAACAAAAAGAUGAUACUGUGCAGUAUUCAUUGCAUAUCAGACAUUCAGUGUAAUUUAUUUGUAUUAUUUAUAAUCCUAAAGGCUGCGUAUCGGCAAACAUUUGAAGCGUACACAUCAAUUGGAAACAUUGCUGAAGAGCUUACAGGCUUCGCUGCAGCAUCCAGUUAAGAUUGUACAACUCUGUAUUGAGUAAAUGUACGUUUUAAUAUUUUUAUGGGUUUGCAAAUUAUUGAAAAUUUUGUUUCUCAAGGUGAAACAGGAGAAAUGGAAAUGUUUUGAUGAGGGGUUUGGCUAAAAUCUGGCAGGAAACCCUUCAACUAAAUGAAUAUACUGUGGCGCUUCAAAAUAAAAGCCUCUGCCUUUACUGGCUUUAACACUAGUGAUACUUUGAACGACGUUUAGGGACUUGUAUUUCAAACAUAAAAAAACUACAAAAUGGAGAAAAUUCAUUUCACGAGCCUUAAGCAAAACAAACUGUAGUCAAUAGUUUGUGUUGGGGUUAGAAACUGUGUACGGAAUGAAUGUCAUAACUUUCACUUUAUUUUUUAAGCUGUAAAGAAAUUGUGUUGUGCUAAAGGUACAGCAGUUUUUUCUUUUCGUUUUUUUUUUACUUUUUAUGUCUUUCUUCAACUAUUUGGUAAAGAAAAAAGAGCUGAUUGCAAAUACUGAAAAUGUUUGUGGUUUUUAAUGCAUUGCAACCACAAUAUAUCAGAAUGGCUUUUAUUUUUUUAUGAGAUUUUCUUUAGUUUUUUUUUUCCUCACUCACAGCAAAUUCUUAUAGGUUCAUGAAGUGUGUUAAUUUAUUGUUUUUUUAAAUAUUACAUGCACUUUUAUUUUCAUUUCUAUAAAUGGACAAUUGUACAUAUCCUUUGCUGUCUAUCCAUUCAAAUACAAAAUAAAAGCCCUGAUUACAA